GGCGACUCAGCCAGCGGCAGCCUUGGGAGAAGGGCGGUGGCUGGGAUCACGUGCGGCUCCCCGCUCAGCUGCUCCGACCCCGGUGCUGUCCCCAGCGCAGCCGCCACCGCCGAGACCCGGAGCCGCUGCCCCGCGCCGGCCGCCUGAGCGCCGCUGAGCCGCCAGAGCUGGGAGGCGGGUCGGGGGCGCUGGCCGGGAUGCUGACGCUGGUGGCCCGGCUGCUGGAGUGGCUGCGCUCGCUGUUCUGGAAGGAGGAGAUGGAGCUCACCCUGGUGGGGCUGCAGUACUCGGGCAAGACCACCCUGCUCACCGUGCUGGCGUCAGGGCAGUUCACAGAAGAUAUGAUUCCUACAGUAGGCUUCAAUAUGAGAAAAAUAACAAAAGGAAAUGUUACCAUAAAGGUAUGGGACAUUGGGGGACAGCCAAGGUUUCGAAGCAUGUGGGAGCGCUAUUGCAGAGGAGUCAAUGCAGUUGUUUACAUGGUGGAUGCAGCAGAUUUAGAAAAAGUAGAAGCUUCGAAAAAUGAACUACACAGCUUAAUAGACAAGCCACAGUUGCAUGGAAUUCCAGUGUUAGUCCUUGGAAAUAAAAGAGACCUUCCUGGUGCACUGGAUGAAAAACAGCUAAUUGAGAAAUUAAACCUUUCAGCUAUUCAAGACCGAGAAAUCUGCUGCUAUUCUAUUUCCUGUAAAGAAAAGGAUAACAUAGACAUAACAUUACAGUGGCUUAUUCAGCACUCCAAAUCAAGGCAUUGUUGAAGGAAACUUUUGCUGAAGAUAACUUUUCCUUCCAAAUCACACUGGCCCCCAUCUGCUAUACACUACUGAAAAGAUAAGGAAUGAAACUAAAUACUACCAGGACUUACUUUCUCUAGAUUUGUUAACAAAUGGAAAGUUUCAGUCAAUUAUGGCCUUUAGAAAACAAACAUACAUACAUCCAGAAUGUCUGUCUGUCUGUCCUAAAAGCCUUAAUAUAAAACUGAAAAAAAUCAAUACUUUUUCUGAGCUGUAAUGUUUUGAGUUUAUGCAUGUGAAUUGUCAACUGUUUAGUAAUUUUUUUAAAUAUGAAGCUGAAUAAACUGCACAAUAGAA